CCGACAGUCCCAUCCCGAUCGCCCGCCCUCCUUCAGACCCUCGACCCCAGGAAAGCCCGACCCCAGGAAAUGCCCCUGCCCUACAGGGGACGGGGAUCCCGCCCGGCCGGCUCCCGAGUGGCGAGCACUAGUUUCUCGCGAGCGACGGCCGACUUGCCGAGGCGUGCCGGCCGCGGGGCCCCUUGGUCGAGCCAUGCGCAACGCCUCACCCGGCAGCGCCAUUCCUCCGAGCAGGUCCUACCAGGGCCCGAGUCGCAGGCUGACUUCCGCUCGGGAAACUGGCUCCAGGAGCACGCUGGUGGGGACGCCGGAGACUCGCGGCUGACUCCACGUGCUGAAAUGGGCUCUAAGCACAGGAUCUGUAAUCGGGUAGAAGUAGUGAUCCCGUGUGCUUCUGGCAGUGAUUCAGGAAGUGUGGAUUUGCAGCUGAGCAACUUAGAGGAUACUGAAAAAUGCCCAAGUUGCCUUGAACUUACAGUAUUAGACUCAGACAUCUCUGAUAUCUUUGGACUCCCUCGGGAAUCCCGCACAGAUAGCUUCAGACACCUGACCCACCAGGGCCCCCUCGGCCAAACCACUGUUGAGAAGCUGAUUGAAUUUAUCCAGGAGUUUUUUAAUGGUGAGCUAAAGAGUGAACUUGAGAAGCUGACAUUCCUGAGAUCUUUGUCUUCUCUCAGCCGAACUUUACCUUAUGAUGAAACCACAGAAUCAUUCAUUCACAGCCACACAGCAGACAUUGUGCAUACCCUAAAUAUGCUGGUCCAAGAGGAGCCCCAGCGUUUUCUCUUCAGCCCUGUGCUCCAGGAGGUCUUUGUCACCAUCGCUGACCUCAGUUACCAAGAUGUCCAUUUGCUGUUUGGCUCUGAAGAUCGAGUUGACUUGUUCAGUCUCAUCACCAAAAGUAUAAUCACUCUGCCCUCGGUAAAGACUCUGACCCAUCUGCAGGAAAUCAUGCCCAGUGGGUCCUACAAUUCAGAGUGUCUCUACAGGCAGACGUUUCAGGCGUUCUCAGAGAUGCUCCAGAGUUUGGUGGUAAAAGACCCACAUUUGGAAAAUCUUGACAACAUUUUUACGCACAUGGACCCGUGGUUACAGUCGAUCAAAGACCAUGAGCGGGAGCGGGCUGUAGCCAGCAUGACUCAAGUUCUAAAGUGCUUAUCCAGACAUCUCGACUUGAAGCUCCCACUGCAAUUCCAAAGACUUGGACACCUAGUGGCUCUGAUGGCACUACUGUGUGGAGACCCCCUGAAAGAGGUGGCCGAGGAGGCUGCAGAGGGCACCCACUACCUGCUGCAUAUCACCCUGAGGCUGAAGUAUAUCACUCAGGACACGAAAAAUCACCGAAGUUUGAGAAGAGCAAUGAAAACCUGUCAAGAACUAGAACUCUACAAUAUUAAACAGUUCUACAGUUGUCCUUUCAAAAUUGCCCAGGUCUUUGAAGUGUUUCUCAAUUCAAAUGAACUCUGCCAGUUUGUAAUGACUACACUGGAUGGCCUGAAAAAUCUGAAACAUCCCUGCACCCAGCAGUCAGCAGGAGAAUUGCUGAUAACAUUGGUGAAAAAUGCGGAGUCCCGAUUUGAGAAGGUGCCAGAAAUUAUGGGAGUUAUCUGUUCCCAGCUCUCUCUAAUCAGCCAGCCUAGAGUACGCCACCAAGUCAUAACUACCGCGAGUUUGUUUAUCUCCAGGCCCAAGUACACAGAUAUAGUGAUCAACCACCUUCUGUGUCAUCCAGUACCAUAUGACAGGUAUCUGGCUGAGUUUUGGAGAACUCUGGAGGUGGAGCUGCCCAGCACAACCUGGAUUCUCUGGAGGCUUCUGAGGAAGCUUCAGAAAUGCCAUAACGUGCCCACCCAGGAGAAGAUGGCCUAUGUGGCUGUUGCUGCAACAGAUGCCCUUUAUGAGGUGUUUGUGGGAAACAGGCUCCGAGCAGCUACGUUCCGACUCUUUCCUCAGCUUCUCAUGACCCUGCUCAUCCAGGUUCAUCACAGCGUGGGCCUCACCAUGUCUGAUGUCGCUAUCCCACGUGGCCUGUACACAGAACAGGAAGUGUCUUCAGAGGUCACCCCUGUGUGCUUCGCUAUACAGGCUACAAAGACCCUCCUCCUCAGAACACAGUGCUGGCAGGAAUUCAACAUCAUGGAAAAGCAUAAAGGAUGGACCCUCCUGGCAGGAAAAGAUUGUCAUCUUCAGGGAAUAUCUCUCCUUGCCAAUGCAUUGCUGGAAAGAAAUCACCUCCUCGCACAUAAGGUCAUGUACUUGUUAGUCCCUCUUCUUAACCGAGGGAACGAUAAACAUAAACUCACAUCUGCAGCGUUUUUUGUGGAGCUUCUCCAGAGUCCAUUGUCUAGGAGACUGCCCAGCAUAUACUCUGUUGCCCGCUUGAAAGACUGGCUACAACAUGGAAAUAAUCUCUUUAAAAUUGUUGCCCUAAAGGGACUGUGCUAUCUCAUCAGACACCGGGAGAUGAGGGAAGACAUCAACAGCCUGUUGCCGUGCAUCGUAGAUCUCUUAUGUGAAACCGACGAGAAGAUCGUUUUGUUGGCCAUCCAGAUACUCCUGCAGCUCGUUAGGACCAUGGAUUUCCCUACCCUGGCUGCCAUGAUGAGGACCCUGUUCUCCUUAUUUGGUGAUGUGAGACCUGAUGUUCAUCAUUUCUCCAUGACCCUCUUUGGAGCCUGCAUAAAGUCUGUAAAACACACAGAUAAGAAGAGUAUAGAGAACCAAGUCCUGGGCAGCUUGGUCCCACUACUUCUAUAUACUCAGGAUGAAAAUUAUGCAAUAGCUGAGGAGAGCAGGCGGGUCCUAACUAUCUGUGCCCAGUUCCUGAAGUGGAAGCUGCCCCAAGAAGUGUACUGCAAAGGCCCCUGGUACAUCCAACCUAGUGAAGUUGGAACAAUCUGCAAAUUCUUUGGAAAAAAAUGCAAGGGGAAAGUUAACAUCCUAGCCCAAACCUUGAUGUUCUCCAAGAAUGCAAAACUUCCUAUCAGAAGAGCAGCAGUCUUGUUUGUAGGGCUCUUUUCGAAGUACAUGGAUCACAAUGAGGUCAAGAUGAAGGGGACUGACUGGAUAGAGGAUGAUCUGAGAGAUCUGCUGAAUGACCCUGAGCCCUCUCUGCGCAUCAUCGCCUCCCAGGCUCUGUUCCGAGUCCAGAAGGUGGAGGCUGACCCAGAUCCUGGGCAGACCGUUUGCGGGUGGAGGAAGCUCUUGCGUUGUCUUCCUACCUAGAAAAUGCAAGGCAAGCAACAUCAGAGAGAAGCAUCCAUUAAGAGACAGAAGACUGCUCUUUACUGAACUACCUCAGCAGUUUGGGAAGGGCUGAAGAAGUACUUAAUAGUGAUUAUAUUAACAAGUCUAUUUAUUCCAAAUAACUCCAU